AUGUUUAUCAUGAGCCUGGCGAUUGCUGACCUAACUGUUGGAAUGAUCGUUAUGCCAAUCAGCUCAGCCUAUGCCAUCACUGGAAACUGGAAAUUUGGAAUCAUCGUUUGCCAGUUCUGGUUGUCGGUGGACUACAGUGCAAGUACAGCAUCCAUCCUGAACCUUUUCAUCCUAAGUUUGGACAGGUACUGGUCAAUACGUUCACCCCUGAAAUACUUAAGGAAAAGAACAAAAAAGCGGGCUCUUAUCAUGAUUGGGAUAGUGUGGUUGGUGUCUGCUAUGUGGAUUGUUCCAAUUAUUGGAUGGCACUUUUGGUAUAACAAUGGCAUUCGUAAACAGCCUAGCGAUGUGUGCGAAACGGAAUUCGCCGAUAAUGUGUUUUUCAAACUGACAACGUCGACUGCCAACUUCUACGUGCCCAUGCUGUUAAUGAUUUGCUUGUACGUGAAGAUAUUUUCAGAAAUUAAGAAGAGAAGUAAUUUUGAAAUCGGUCAGUGCAAUCAGAGAGGAAAAGAAAUAAAUAAUGAUUCCAUUAACCAACCAGUGUGUGAAAUCCAAUCCCAACAAGACAGUUGUCAGAGAAAUGUGAGAUGGCACUCGACUCGAAGUCGGAUCCAAGGCGAGUCUAGACAAGUCCGGAAUGCUUCGACUCCUUUUGGUGAAGAGUUCUUUGAAUGUGAUGAAGAAAACCAAUAUUCGGAGUCCAGUUUUACAAUCGAAAAACGAGAAAUGGACCCCUGGCGAGAUGUCAAUCAGAUUAAUGUCACGACAUCUAACCAUUUUAGUAAGAGUGGGAAGAGCAAUUUAAAGACAGUGAAAGGAAAUCGUCGCUAUAGACAUUUAACGUUACUAUCAGUCCCCAUGCUGAACGAUGAGCAGGGACAUCAAAUUACUCCAUUCCACAAACAGCAUUUCGAUGAUGUCACAGUCAAUGUUGAAGUGGUCAGUGACAGUGGCAGCGAGGACAAAGAUUUAGUCUUUCACGAAAAUGACAAAGCGUCAACGUUCCAUUCACGCAGACAAGCUUUUCUUUCUUCAUCAUCAACAUCGCCAAAUACUGACGCGAAGCCAAAGAGAUCAAGAUGUGGAUCGGGAAAAUCCAAAUCAUUUCUUGAAAAAUCUUACAGGCCCAAAAUAAAUCGUAAUAAUCUUGGUCAAGAAGACAUAGAACUCGACUCCGUGGUGGAUCAACUACUGAAGCCCAAGGCCAGCCUUUCAGGUAAGCAUAAACAUUGUAAAAACAUUAAAAACUCGCUUUAUGUAAAACCCUGUGAUUCGCUGGCUCAGCGUGGCACCGGAUCAAAUAUCCGAGCUGGAUCAGGAUUCUUGCCUCACCUCACCACAGCAUUCCGCGUUACAAGAAAAUCUCUGGCAUCGAAUCUAAGGCAAGAAAAGAAGGCUGCUAGACAACUGGGAGUUAUAAUGGGCGCUUUUGUUCUAUGCUGGCUUCCUUACAUUAUAACAUUCAUUGUCACAGCUUACUGUGAUGAUUGCAUUGAUCCAAAAAUCCAUACCGCUACCAUCUGGCUAGGCUAUUUGAACUCUACGAUGAAUCCAUUUUUGUACGCCUUGUGCAACGAUAAUUUUAAGAGGGCUUUCAAAAAAAUGAUUAGAAGGAGUUCCAGUUAUUCCAAGUUUUUUCCUGCUUUCAACAGCACACGGACAGACCAUCUUUUUGCCUGA